UUCCGGCAGCAGUUACCGCUACUUUGCAAGCAAGCCGGCCAUUAUUUGUAGCGGCAAGCUGCGUGUCUGUUGAUAAAACGGUUUAAAGUGCAUCAAAUUCCAGUAAAACCGUUUGCAUUUUCGCACCAACUUCGGUCUUAAAUACCCCUAGAAGCUACAACCAAAUUUGCCAAAAAUGGGUGAUGAAAAGAAGAGCAAUGAAACGGAACAUAUCAAUCUCAAAGUCCUUGGACAAGACAACGCCGUAGUCCAGUUCAAGAUCAAAAAGCACACCCCUCUCAGGAAGCUGAUGGGGGCUUAUUGUGAAAGAGCGGGCUUGAGCAUGCAAGUCGUGAGAUUCCGAUUCGACGGGACCCCAAUCAAUGAGACGGACACCCCGACAUCUCUCGGUAUGGAGGAGGGGGACACAAUUGAAGUGUACCAACAACAAACUGGAGGAUAUUGUUAAAAGUAAUUUUAUGACGCCGCUGACCUCCUAAUUACCACUACCAUUGAGUGGUCAAUUUGAGGUGGUUUUCUGUAUAGAUUUAAGCUAGUUUCUAAUAUAAUUUUUAAGGUUAAUCGAAAAUACUACUUAAAUGAGCACUUCUUUUGUCGCGUUUUCAAUCCCAAAAUUUCUGUAUCGCAAUGAAUCCGUUUUCAGUUUUAGUGAAAGUUCAGUUGUGAAUUUUGUAUUCUUAAAUUAAAAUCUUUUGAUAAUUUA